ACAUGUUACGUCACUUUCACAUGCGGAAGGCCAUUUCCUCGAAGCGCCCCCAUUGUAUUUCUCUGUGACUUACAGAUGUAUUGUGUAAUUCAGUCGCAUGAGGACACGGAGGUACGCGUCAGUAAGCGCUGGUGCACUUCUUGAGCGUCUUGAGCAGUCGCUUUGCAUUCUGCAUGUUGUCCUCGGACCGGUAACAGUAUGAUUUGAAGUUAAAUGCGUGUGUUUGUGCCACCUGUGGGCCUUGCUACAGGAAAGAGAAUUCGACACUGAAUUCUGUUAUUAUUCUUGUGAUAAUGAAAGCUGGCAUGUGUGUUUCAGCACGUCUUCUAAGUCUGGAACAGUAACGUGUCGUUCAAAAUGGGUUGGUCUCCUGUGCAGCAAGAUUUCCACUGCUGCUUCUGCAAAUGCAGCUUGAAGAAUGCAACAGUUACACUGGGUUGUAUUGAAAUGAUUGCAAGCAUCGUCCAGUUGGCUUGGUUUACUUUGUGUCUAGUGGAGUUUGAUGAUAUUGACUAUUAUUGCUGGUUCGGCGAGAGACACCUCUCUUGGUUAUUAGUGGGUCAUCGCGAUUUGGUCGAUGUCAUAGACAUCAACAUCAACAUCGCUCUGGUUUCCCAAGCUGCCGUUCUCGCGAUCUGUUGCUUUCUGCUGCUCUUUGGAGUAUAUAUUGAGAAACCUGUAUUCAUGAUCCCUUACCUAAUGAUCUGUCAGCUAGGGAUCUUCGUUCUAGUACUGGGAACCAUCGCCAUCGGCGUCAACAAACUCCUCGUAGAUUUAGUCUCUGGCCUGAUCAUUAUUUUGGGCGGUUUUGCACUUAUGGUCAUUGCUUUGUAUCUGUGCCUCAUCAAGUACAGUUAUUAUCGGAAGUUGUCAGAGAAACCCCGUCGAUCAAUGGCUCAUAUACGAGUACGUAGACGUCCUGAAAACACGGCAGUCUAACAAGAGGCACUCAACUAGAGACAAGGGUUCGCCCUUGGAUUGUGUUCUUCACCCCAGUAAGGUCUGAAACUUUCUCCCAUUUGCCGCAGCGCUACUUGAUGCCAUUCGGGAUGGAUGGGGGUAUGAGACUGACAGCAUGAGAAGAAAUUAUAUUUACGCUGUAAUAUAUUGUAACUUGUGGUUAACACCGUACGCUGUGUCGACAUAUUUAUAAAUGGUGCCCUGUAUUCAAGAAUUUGUAGUUUGUACCAGUGAUAGUAAAUGUUUAAGUGGAAUGUAUCGAAAGCGGACAUGCCUCAAAAUUAUUUUAAAGAUACCACAGAUAAAACAUACUGGAAUAUGCAGAAUUUCCGAAGAGCUUUCUCAUGAAAGGAAUGGUUGAAGAAAAUUUAUGAUAGGAAAUGACGGUUUUUAUUAAUGAUAAUUCAAAUUAUACUUGCUUAAUGUUUAUUUAUUGCUCCUUUAAGUUCUACAUGCCGAAUUUAAUAUGUUGUUAAUACAGGAAUAACAGCAAACAAACAUCAUCUUAAUCACAGUGCAAGUGGUAGGAGGUGAAAUCAUAAACGUUGGACGGAUUUUGGCUCUCUGUAGGAAACCUGCCCUUAUUAUAGUAAAGUAAUUUAGUGCAUAUUUAUUUCAUGAAAAUUUACAUAAAAUGGUAUUGUAAACAUUACUUUGACAAGUAUUAUAUUCUGGGAUGUGUCCCUGAGUAGUCCGAUAGAAGUACACUGACGUUUCGUAGGAACGUGCAGCCUCCAUUUU